AUGUCCUCGAAACAGAAUAUCGUCUACCAACCCACCGACAUUGUUUUGGCCAAAGUGAAAGGAUUCCCAGCGUGGCCCGCGAUGAUCGUGCCCGAGGAAAUUAUUCCCGUUAACGUACUCAAAGGCAGACCAGGGCGAGCCACGGUGGAUGAGGUAGAAGAUUCAAAUGAUCCAGAGAACUACAUCAUCUACAGCGAAUUGCUAAGAUUUCGCAAAAACUUCAAGCCGCAUACGUCGUACUGCGUCAAGUUUUUCUGCGAUGACUCCUACAUAUGGGUCAAGCCCGUUGAUUUCAGACCUCUGACACCAGAACAAUGCACUCACUGGCUACAAACAUCCAAGAAGAAGACCAAAAAAUUGAUUCCAGCAUAUGAAAUGGCGGAAAAAGGAUCGCGCGGCAUAGAUGUGUGGGAAUUUAUAGAAUAUGGGUCUAAGGGUAAGCCCGAAGAAGACGAGUACAUCCAACCUCCGGAGAACGAUCAGCAGGAUGAAGGUGCCGACGAGGAUAUACUGAGUGAACCUCUGAGCCCUGUUUCAGAGUCUGAUUACGAAGAGGGGGAUAAAAUGCGCAAGGGAAGCCGCGUAAGCAAAAGACAGGCCGAGGCUAAGGCAAAAACCAAUGCUAAAAGGUCCAAGACCCGAAAACGUAGUGCUGUAUUAGAUGAAGAGAUCGAAGAAGAUGAUGGUGUGGGAAUGGAACUGCUAGAUCAGCCCCAGCAGAAAUCGCGAUCAAAGAAGAAAAAAGCACCCUCGAAAACAAAACCUGAGGUUCAGAGAUAUAAAUUUGAGGAUGAUGGUGAUUGGUCUAUAGUUGGUUUGGGUCCCCAAGACUCUUCAAUUACACUCACAAUGAGUUCUCUUGCGAAUAAACUGUCACAGAAGAGGAAUUUAGAGAUCCACAACGAAAUUAAGGCAGACUUACGUGAUAAGCUAGCAUAUGCGAAUAGGAUGAUCAACGAGAUUAUCUCAAAAUCAUCAGAUGAGGAGGACUCUGAAGAUUAUCAUAUGCUUGUAGAUGAGCUCGAACAGUGUGCGGCCCUUCGAGGUUCUCAGGAUGAGCUAAUAACUGUUUUUCUCUCAGAUCAAGAAAUCAUAAUCAAUCUCACAGCGUUCUUCAAUCUCAAGCAAAGUUUCUUGCGCGAAAUAGACCUCUAUGACAGGGCUCAGCAGUGGUAUUUCAAUAUUUUCGGGCACUACUUUGUACCUGAUCCUGUGCCCUGGUCUUGGGAGAAUGUGAAUGAGGGUGUACCUCUAGUUACAAAUGAUCAAAAGCUUGCAAUUGAUGAGCUGUAA